ACCGACAUCGCCGUCCCCUAGUGAUGACGUAUACCGCCUAGCCGCUAAUGAAAGAAAAUGCAGCAAGCUAAGCUUCUGAAAUAAGAGUUGGAUUUCACAUAAAUCCAUAUCAUCCUGCUUUCAUAAUGACCAACCGGACAUCUUAUUUUUAUGACCCGGACGUGGGAAACUUUCAUUAUGGUGCCGGUCACCCCAUGAAACCUCACCGUCUGUCGCUCACUCACAGCUUGGUGUUGCACUAUGGACUCUACAAGAAAAUGAUGGUUUUCAAGCCCUACAAAGCUUCUCAGCACGACAUGUGUCGGUUCCAUUCUGAAGAAUACAUCGACUUCCUGCAAAAGGUCAGCCCCAACAACAUGCAGGGUUUCACGAAGAGUCUCAACGCAUUCAACGUGGGAGAUGACUGUCCCGUGUUUCCGGGUUUGUUUGAGUUCUGUUCAAGAUACACGGGAGCAUCUUUACAGGGAGCUACACAGCUUAACCAUAAGAUUUGUGACAUUGCCAUAAACUGGGCUGGAGGGCUGCAUCAUGCCAAAAAGUUUGAGGCCUCUGGGUUUUGUUAUGUCAACGACAUCGUUAUCAGUAUCCUGGAGCUUCUGAAGUAUCAUCCCAGAGUUCUGUACAUCGACAUCGACAUUCACCAUGGCGACGGCGUCCAGGAGGCCUUUUACUUGACAGACCGAGUCAUGACUGUGUCUUUCCACAAAUACGGAAACUACUUUUUCCCUGGAACAGGCGACAUGUAUGAAGUGGGAGCAGAGAGCGGCCGCUACUACUGCCUUAAUGUUCCGCUUAGAGACGGCAUCGAUGACCAGAGCUACAGGCAGUUGUUCCAGCCGGUUAUCAAACAGGUGGUGGACUACUACCAGCCCACUUGCAUCGUCCUGCAGUGUGGAGCAGAUUCUCUGGGCUGUGACAGACUGGGCUGCUUCAACUUAAGCAUACGGGGACACGGUGACUGUGUGGAGUUUGUAAAAGGUUUCAAGAUUCCUCUGCUGGUCUUGGGAGGAGGGGGAUACACUGUGAGGAAUGUAGCUCGCUGCUGGACCUUUGAGACGUCUCUGCUAUUGGACGAAUCCAUCAGUGAUGAGCUGCCCUAUAGUGAGUAUUUUGAGUACUUUGCUCCAGACUUCACUCUACAUCCUGAUGUCAGCACUCGGAUAGAGAACCAGAACUCCAGACAGUAUCUGGAGCAGAUCCGCCAGACUGUUUUUGAAAACUUGAAGAUGUUGAACCACGCACCCAGCGUCCAGAUCCACGAUGUCCCAUCUGACAUGCUGAGCUAUGAGCGUAACGAUGAGCCUGACCCUGAUGAGCGGGGAGCCGAGGAAAACUACACAAGGCCAGAAGCAGCAAACGAGUUCUAUGAUGGAGACCACGACAACGACAAAGAGAGUGAUGUCGAAAUUUGAGCUGAGUCUUCAAAAGCUGAAGAAGUUAAGAGAAUCACUCGGUCCUCAGAGACAUCUCUGCUGGACUACAUGUUGCUUUUGUUUUUACAGCAGCAUAAAAUCCUUUUUUUAUGACAGAUGCAGAAACAUUUGAUACGUGUAUUUUCUUCCUUGUAUGUGCAAAUAAUUGUCACUUAAACUUUCUUUCAUGUUACAUUCAAAAUGAAAUAUUUUUAGCCUUUGAAGAAGAGAACAGUGACUCAUUUGAUGUGUAAUAAAUUGAACUGAAGCAUUUUUCUGUAUGAUUUCACCUUUUGAAACUCACUGAAGGAAGUAAAACCUGCUCACUUUUUCAGUCA